CUACAAUUAUCAGAAGUGAUUAUGAGAGCUCGUUCAUUAGCGAGUGAGUUAAUGGGUGGCAAAGGAAAUGUUAUCGGUCAAGAUUUAACUCUUGAAGAAUUAGAAAAACGUCUAUUUGAAGCUGGCAUUAAAGAUACAAAAAAGUUUUUGGAAAAAGUUACCAAAGACAGUCAAGGUGUUAUACAUCUGUUUCCAUGGAGUGGUUUACUAGAUGAAAAUUCUGAACUCAGUGAUUCUUUUCGUGUACCAUGUUUGAAAGAAGGUCGAAUGGUCAGACUAUUAUCUCAACUAUCCAAGAAAGAAGAAGAAAUGUUCCGAAACAUGGUUCACCGGCUCAACACAUUAGUUCAAACUGCUAGAGAUUUAGAUGUUCGUCUCAUGGUGGAUGCUGAGCAAACAUACUUUCAACCUGCUAUUUCAAGAUUGACUCUUGAACUAAUGCAAAAAUAUAAUACUGAAAAAGCUAUAGUAUUUAAUACAUACCAAUGUUACCUAAAAGAAACACUCAAUGAAGUUAAGACUGAUCUUAAUCAAGCUGAAAGACAAAAGUUUUACUUUGGUGCAAAACUUGUACGAGGUGCCUAUAUUGAUCAAGAAAGAGCAAGAGCUGCUGCAUUAGGUUAUGCUGAUCCUACUAAUCCUUCAUAUGAAGCAACUACUCAGAUGUAUCAUAAUACUUUAACUGAAUGUUUGACACGUAUAAAAGAUCUUAAAGACAAAGGUAAAAGUCCAAAUAAAAUUGGUAUAAUGGUUGCUUCUCAUAAUGAAGAUACAGUUCGUUUUGCAAUUUCCAAAAUGAAAGAAAUCGGAAUCUCUCCUGAAGACAAAGUGAUAUGUUUUGGACAGUUACUUGGAAUGUGUGAUUUUAUCACUUUUCCUCUUGGUCAAGCUGGAUAUUCAGCUUAUAAGUACAUACCCUAUGGACCAGUGAAUGAAGUGCUUCCAUAUCUAUCUCGUCGAGCUAUGGAGAACAAAGGUGUCUUGAAAAAACUAGCAAAAGAAAAAAAAUUAUUGAGACAAGAACUUUUUAGGCGAAUAAUGCGUGGACAAUUCUUUUACAAACCUAAUGGCAAUUUCACACCAGUUUAAAAUUCUCUGAAAAUUUUCACUUUCUCUAGAAUAAAUGUGAAUCUUACUAAUUUUAUAGUAAUGACAAAUUAUGCUAUGUUCUCGUUUCUUUAAGAAAAAGUAUUGAACCAGUAUGUGUUUUUAUGUGUAUAUAUAAAAGCAUUUACUUUAAUUAAUUUGCUAUUUCUGAAUCUCGUUUUACUUAAAAUAUAUAGAAUGUACUUAAAUUUUAUCUAAAAGACAAUAGUUCCUACACUAUUUGUUUCCUUUGAAAAGUAUUAUUAUUGGUUGACAGUUCACUAUGCUUUAAAUUUAUUCCGCCCUUUUUUUAUUAGAAGACAUUUUGUUAAAGAAAUUAAUUGUUUAAGUUAAAAAUAAUAAAUGUAAUAAGUAAACCAUUAAUACAAUUAUUAGAAAAUUCAUAAUUGUAUACUUUGAAAGAUAUGUGA